AGCUCUCCCACCAAGCUCCCCACUUGGAAGGUAUUGACAAUUGUUUCUCUACCUCUCCCAUCUGCAACACAAUCAGUCUGUCAUGGCGCCAGCAACACAAUUCGAAGUGGCGCAACCGCCAAACGACGCCGUCUCUGCCCUCGUCUUCGCACCUGACUCGCCGAACCGGUUACUGGUCUCAUCAUGGGACAAGAACGUGUAUCUUUACGAGAUUGCAGGUUCAGGCGGCACCGAGGAAGCCAGAUUGAUCAAGACCUAUGAGCACCGUGCGCCGGUGCUCGAUGUCUGCUUCGGCGCGAACCAAGACGAGGCCUUCACGGCGGGGAUGGAUCGCCAGGUCAAGAGGAUCGACCUCACCACCGGCGAGCAAACCGGUCUGAGCAAGCACUCCGAACCCGUCCGCUGUGUCGUCUACAGCUCCAAACACUCCAUCCUAAUCUCCGCCUCAUGGGACAGCACCCUGCACAUCCACAACCCGUCCAACCCCUCCCAGGAACCACUCACCAUCCCACUCCCCGGCAAACCCCACGCACUCGCCGCGAGCCCGUCCAAGGUAGUCGUAGCCAUGACCGCCCGACUAGUUCACAUCUACGACCUACCCACCCUCUCAUCCGCACUCUCCUCCUCAUCCUCACAACCACCACAACCCUGGCAGCAGCGCGAGUCCUCGCUCAAAUUCCUCACCAGGGCCGUGGCAUGCAUGCCCAGCGACGCGGGGUACGCCACGUCAAGCAUCGAGGGGCGCGUGGCGGUGGAAUGGUUCGAGGACACGGCCGAGUCGCAGGCGCGCAAGUACGCUUUCAAAUGCCACCGGCAGGCGGCGCCCGAGGAGGAGGGCGGCGGGGACGUGGUGUACCCCGUCAAUGCGCUCGCCUUCCACCCGCGCUGGGGCACUUUCGCGUCGGGCGGGGGCGACGGUUCCGUCGCGCUUUGGGAUGCGGAAGCCAAGCGCCGUAUGCGCCAGUACCCGUUUCCGGACAGCGUGGCUGCGCUUGCAUUUUCGAAGGAUGGGAGGUAUAUGGCGGUGGGGGUCUGUCCUGGGUUUGAGACGGGCAUGGAGGAUUACUCUGGGGAAGGGAGGACUAGGGUGUUUAUACGGGAGCUGGGGGAGACGGAGGCAAAGGGGAAAGGGGCUAAGUGAGUGUAGUGUGUGUUGUUCUAAUUGCAGUAUACAAUCUUUCGAUUGGUAUGGACUGGCGUUUGGGGAGGGUACCGAUUAAGGCGAUACGGUGUAGCUAUAUGAAGCUCUUAGGUGACUCCGGAGCAAAAUGUUUGACAAUCAAAUGACAAGUCUACACGACUACUGGCCAUGUGUUAAUGAAGCUUCGAAAUAAACAGGAACUGGG